UGGUCCGUUCAACAUCUUCAGCACCACGGAGGCUGAACAGCGACACUCGGUCACACGGCUGGACGAAGAUGAGAAGAUGCCGCUAACUGUAGUCCACUUUUUUGGGGUUACUGUGUCAAUAUUUUCCGGGUGGUUUCGUUCCCGUGUGUCGAUCAUGCACAGUGUGGACGCAGACAUGAAUCGAUCCCUCCGUCUCUCGUGUGGAACUCAAUAGCCCCCCUAUUCGCUCAUCGUGCAACCGCCUGGUGUCGUCCAACUCUGCAAGAGAGGAAGCUAAUUCUCACCAGAUAUGCAUUAGCUGUCAGCUUCUGUGUAUCUGGUAUUUUUUUUAUUUUCUUCCGCCUCGAGACGGUUGACAACAUGCAGCCAGACCUCCAGUAGCCUUCGUCUGUUUAGUUCCGAAUCAGCAGGAACAGCAGCCCGUGUGAGGGAACCGCGUUCCGCACGCCACUGCAGCCCCGUGGCCGCCGACCACCGCCGCCUGGUGACAUGACCGCUCGGGGCAGGAAGAAAAGGAUCGGAGCUCUAGAGACAGACGGACACGUGGAUCCAAACAGCGGCGCGGAGAGGAGCCCUCAGCUGGAGGUCCUGGUUCCUCUGGUCCCCUGGUCUAUGGUGAUGGAUAGUGGCAAAAAGACCCCCACAGCCUCCUCUACUGUCUGAGGUCUGAGAGCCCCACAAUAUCCACCCUGAACCCCGACCCCUCCUCCCCCACGGGCCUACUCUGAAAACUUAGAAUAUUGUUGCCAUCGUGGGUAAAAAACAAAAAACCCUGAGCUGAUGGAGAGUUGACAUUUUCUUUAUUUUUUUUUAAUCUCAGAUGCACGUCCACGUAAGAUUGCGAUCAGUCUAGCCCCAACUCCACCGUGGUCUCGCCCAGGCCACCCGGUUCACUGGGUCACUCGCCUCGGUCCGCUUUCUUGCAAAACCAUGGGUUGCAUCCAGAGCAUAGCCUGUAAGUCACGAAUCAAACGGGAGAACAUCAUCGUGUACGACCUGUCCGCGACCAUCGACCACUGUCCGACCAUCAUCGAGGAGAACUCGCCGAUAGUGCUUCGAUACAAGACGCCUUACUUCAAAGCCUCCGCGCGGAUCGUCAUGCCUCCCAUUCCCCGCAACGAGACUUGGGUGGUGGGCUGGAUACAGGCAUGCACCCAGAUGGAAUUCUACAAUACCUAUGGAGACGUUGGCAUGUCGAGCUGGGAGCUGCCGGAGCUGCGGGAGGGCCGUGUGCGGGCCAUCAGCGACUCCGACGGCGUGAGCUACCCCUGGUACGGCAACACCACGGAGACGGUGACGCUGGUGGGCCCCACCUCCAAGCCCUCCCGCUUCGUGGUCAGCAUGAACGACAACUUCUACCCCAGCGUGACCUGGGCGGUGCCGGUCAGCGAGUCCAACACGCCGCUGCUCACGGGCAUCACGCGCGACCAGAGCUUCACCACCUGGCUGGUGGCGCUCAACACCACGUCCCGCGAGAAGAUCCUGCUGCGCACCGUCAAGUGGCGCAUGCGCGUGGACGUGCUGGUGGACCCCGCCCUGCCGCUGGGCUGCCGGGCGCGGCUGGCGGGCCGGCUGCACCAGGACCAGCCCCGCCUGCUCACCCGCAUGGAGCCCGUCCCCCCCAACGCCAUGGGCCGGCCCAACGCCAACGACGCCCAGGUGCUGAUGUGGCGGCCACGCCGGGGGCCCCCCCUCGUGGUCAUCCCUCCCAAGUAGCGCCAUGCGGGGGGGGGGGUCUGGGGGGGGAGAGAGGAACUGAGGGGAUCUCACCGGGCCGUGACGUUAGACUCACACCGGGGACGUGGGGCGUCGUGAAACGCUGCGACCCGGGAGCGGAACGACCAGCAGCGGGAAGGGGGGGGGUGACAGGGGGCCGGAACACACAAACACACAAACACGGUUAAAACCUGCGUGUUGAGCAGUGCUGGGGUGGGCCCC